CUCGCUUCUUCUCCUCCACCAAGAAAUCCCAAAUCUUAUUAUUAACAAAGAAUUACAGAAGAAAAAAUCCAUCUACUCUCCGCUAAACCCGAAGCUUCAACCCCGGCGAGGCUCUAGAGAGGAGAGAGCACGCAGGAUCCGCGGAGAUGCCUACGGCUUCGCCGGCGGUGGGGUGGCUGCAGGCGGCGGCGCAGGACGCAGCCAACUCCUCCUCCUCCUCCUCGCGCUCCGGCUCCGCCGCCUUCCCCGACCAGGUCCUCGUGUCCAGGGCCGCGGGCCGGGUUGUGUCUCUGUCGACUUGCACAAAGGUCGGUGCCAUCAGCUUCGUGGUCGGGGUUGCAGUGGGCUUCACGCUGAAGAGAAGGCUGCGCAGAAUUGUGAAACCUCAGGGCUGAUGAAGCUGGUCACAAAGCCUGUCAAUGUUGAAGAUGUGUGGUUACCUGGAUGUGUAUGGAGCUGGUGAAGGAAGCAUGCGGUUCCCUGCAAUAUCUAAUUUAAUAUUGUUUCUUUUCUGUACUAAAUCUUAAUUGCAUGGUUCCGCUGUGUAAAUGUGUCCGAUGAAUUUCACUUCAUUUCUAUCUGAAUUCUGAAUUUGUGGCAGGAGGCCUUUCAUGCACUGAAUCUGUGCGGUAUGGCUUCUUUCUUUAAAUGUAACGGACGACUGAAUACCGUAUUUUCUCUUUCUGAACUUCUGCUAGGAUAUCUUUCCUGUAGUGACACUGAUUUGGUUAUUCCGACGAUAGAUAUAGCAUUCCGUUUUGCUGUC